GGCCAGUAGUAUCGUCGUGACUCGCGUAUCGAACACGCGCGCGCGCUCUCGCUCGUCGCCUCGCUGCUUCUGGUGGUGAAGAAUAAUCACGCCGCAUCCCAUCUCCGUUAUUCCUGCUCCUGCCUCCUCCGCGUGGGAUCGGAGGAUCGCGCUCCGGGCGGAUUUUGUGUGAGUGCAACACAGGGCACGGGGUGUGUACUGUGUGCUGUUGUUGUGUGUAACAAUAAUUGGCAAUUGUGAUCGUUGUUGUCUGUCGGCGCGGAUUCGCGUUCGAAUAUCGUGUUGUUGUUGUUGUUACUAUUCUCCCGUCGCGGUGUGUCGGGGUGAUUCUACAUGGUGCAGUAUUAUUUCGGUUCCUUUCGGGGGGUUUUGGUUAUGAUUAUUUUUGUUGGGUGCUAUUACAAUUACGAUUAAGCGCGUGUGGGGUUGUUGAUGGGAAUGUGAAUGCGCGAGAGAUAUUUCGCGUGGAUCGGAAAAGCGGAUUCCUUCAAGAAGACUUAAGUAGUGUGUGAUCGAACAAAUUGUUUUGAAAUCCCUAAAAUAAAAAAGUGCCUAUAUAGCGCAAGAAGUGAUAAAAGUGAUUCCAGGGGGACUACCGCUCCCCUGAAAACGGCUGCAAAGGCCGCCCACCAGCAAAGCAAAUGAUGCUCGCUCACAGCCGGUCCGAUGAAUUGGCACCGACUUAGUGACAAACUAGCGCCACUCAAGAUGAUGGCCUCCACGAAGAAGGUCGACUACCUGGCGUCGUCUACGCCGACGUCCACUGCAACGCCAUCCUCCACCAGCCAGCCGGACAGUCUCGAUCUGGACUACGACAUGUGGCAGGGCCAGUUCGAGUUUGUCGGCCCCAUGGUGGACCCCGCUGCUGCCAUUAUCAACGGUAGCAGCGGGCUACUCAACACACACCAAUCACGCACCGCUUCAUCUAGUCUGGAAGAUUUACGCUUAAACGACUACAUACCUCCCGAUCAGCCGGUGCUGAUCGACGAGGAAACCUUCCUGAGUCUUCACCCGAACGACUUUCCCCCCUCCGGACCGCACUCCGGGUUCUAUCUGGACGAGUACAACAACGGAGCCUUAGAAACGCAACAACUGAACAAUAACAACAAUAGUCUCCUCACAAACAAUAACAACAACAGCGGCAACAUACUGAACAACAAGCUGCUGAACAACAAAACCAACAACCUGAUCAGCUCGGUCAUUGUUGAGGAGAAGAAUGCCAAAAAUAAUCUCAUCAACAACAAUCUGAAGCUGAUCAACGACAACCCGGAGCUCGGGAACAAGUACAUUCUGAAGUCCAGCAACGGCAACCACAAAAUGAACGGCCUUAUCAAAACCGAUCUUUGUGAUAAUUUGAACGAACAGCUAGAGAUACUACAACGACAGGUGACGAACCUGGCGGACACGCAGAACAAUGCUGACGAUCGCACCAGCAGGACGAAGGCGGAUUUCGCCGUGCUUCAGGCUCGUUAUCACAUGCUGGAGGAACAGCUAAGAGAGACGGAACUGCGGGCAGAGGAACGCCUAGCCGAGGAACAGAAACGACACCGGGAGCUGUUGGCCCGGGUCGAACGGGAAGCCAAACUACAGAACGAAAACUGCCAGAUCCGGAUACGGACGAUCGAAGUGGAAGCGAACCAGCUGCGCGAGGAAAUCUCCCGGUUGCGGUUACAAUGCGACAAACAAGCUGCCGAUCUGCACGCCACCGAGGACAAGCUGGAAAAGACGCGAGACAACCUGAUGAUCGCCCAACAGGAGCUGGCCGAGGCGAAAGCCAACGAGAAGAAACACAAAGCGGACAAACAGGCAGCCGAAGAUCUGAUGGUCGAACUGGGCAAGGAGUGCGAGCGUCUUCGUACGGAACGGGGUCCUGCCCUUCCGACGACAUCACCUGAAUCCCUGCGAUUGGAAGAACUACACCAGGAAAUGGAAGAGCUGCGACAGAAAUCGAAACAACUGGAGGAAGCGAAUGAAGAACUGCAAGCAAUGGUGCUGACGAAGGGAGUCGAAGAAGGUCGAAAUUUGCUCAACGGUACAUCGAACAGUCUAGCACAGGAACUGGAAGCCAUGAGUCAAAAUCAGGAGACCGUUGAUUCGUCGACAUUAGCGUCAUUAACACAGCUCCAGAUCGCAUUCCAGGACAAGGAGGAGGAGAACCGCCGACUGAAACACUACAUCGAAACGAUCCUGGUGCAGGUUGUAGAACACUAUCCGCAAAUACUGGAAGUUAAAGCGGCAUAACCGCCCACCACCAACACCAACCGGGCAGAGACGGACACGUCUUAUCCAAAUUAGAGAGUAUAGGGGUCAAACAGGGCAAACAUGGUCCUCGAAGGCCGACUAGGACUGAGCAGGACCAAGGUUACACCUUGUUAUACCUUUCAUAGAAUCAGUAUGUAACUAACUACUACAACCACCACCGGUUUGUGAUGAUGAGAUGUGAUCGAUGACGAGAGGAGACAAAGCAGCAGCAGAUUAACCUUCCUCCCUCCCAGCCAGAUGUAAGGAACUGUCACGUCCCACGAGCGAGUGUGUGUGUGUGUACCUAUGUUUUAAGAAUGCAUUCGAGGAAGGACUGAGGAUAUCUUUUGGCGUAUUUAAGUUAUUUACGGAGUAGUUGCAACAAGAGCGAUCGAAUGCAGAAGCAGCCAGCAACAUCUUACACGAGCAAUAUAUUUUAUAUGUAUUUAGACUUAGGAACUACAUCCACACCAACACUCUAGCGAGUAGGCUCGUUCCCCUCCUGUUUGUGUUUAGCGUUUAGGCUAAAGAGGAUGUCUUUUUUUAUAAAUGUGUAUUUUAUAUAAAAUUUAAUUUUCCAAACUCCGUUAAAGAAGGCUCGAUUAUUGAAUUUGUAUCCCUUUUUUGAUCGAACAAAUUCUUUCCUUUGUAAUUCUCAUUGAAACCGGACCACCAUCAAUUCUGGGAUUCCAAGUCUGACAUGUUUAAACAAUAGAAUAUGUUACAGUAGUCCUUGAAUUAAGACUAUUUUCAAACAAAAAGAAAAUGAGGCACAGUGAUUUUCUCCGAUUUUCAACAUAUUCUAUAAAUUAAGCAUGAAAACACGAAAACCAAGAAUCUUUGCAAAUAGUGGAUCCGUUUCAGCGAGAAUUACUCCUCUGUUAUCCAUGUUAAAUAAGAGACCGUAGGAGCCCAAUUGAAAAAAAAAAUCUAGGAGAAUACCAAAUGAUGAUACUCGAAAAACAUAUGCUACAGGUGAUCGAAUGCUCAGAAUAGUGGAUGCAUUCGAUGCUCAAUUCAAUUUCAAUUUGCGCAACAAACACGUGAUAUCAAAUGGAAGCCUUUAGCCUUUUACCGAAAUACACUAUUAUGAUCCUGUAUUCCAGCUCUGAAUAAAUCAAAUUUUGUACUAUUUUAGCGUUAGAAAGAAAAAAAUGAACAAAAAGAUAAUCGUUGGUGCUUUUAGCGAACAUUUUUCGUGUCUUUAGCAACCUUGAACACAUUUGCCUUUAUGGGAUUAUGUCUUUUUUAUCGAUAAAUGAGAUAUUUUUUUUUUUUUGAAACAAUCUUGUAUCAUUCUAAAAGAACAUUUUCCCACAUCAAAGUAUUUUGUAAAUAUAUUUUCUUGUUCGUUCGUGACGGGUAGUAUAACUGGAGCCCUCAUGACGACACUUCCCUCAAACUGAGUUAGCCGAAAGUUCGAGCAAAAAUCAAACUGUUUUACUUAUUGUAUGUUGUAACCAUUUAGCGUUAGUCGCCACGUUGAGCAUUGAAGAAUAUAAACAGACAGACUCGUGUAUGUUUAGUUAGACAAAGAAGAAACACCUGUUGCGACGUUUUAUAUAUUUAUACAAUUACAAAAAAAUCAACGGUCUGUAAACUGCCGGUGGACGCAUAAAUGUCCCAUGUGCAAAAACAGACAAUCGAGAAAAUCGCGUCCAAAGUUCGAAAAAAGUAAAUUGUCUCAACUAUGAAGUAUAAGUGCUGAAUCGUGUUCUAGCAUCAACCAAUUUUUAAUUUGAGCACUAAUUUUUAUUUUAGAGCGAUUUUAUAGUUCCAUAGGAUUUCCUAUGAAACGUGACGCUUAUGCGUCCACUUUUAAGAAUGUUACAAAUCGGCCAUGCAUUUUUACAACAAUUUUCGGAACAAACUACCUAUUUUUAUUUCCCAAUAUGAUAGUACCCUACGAUACAUGGUCAUGGGCUGCAAAAUCUCAAUAUUGCCAAAAAUGCACAUGGGACAAUUAUGCUUCCACCGGCAGUAAAGCUCUGUGUUUAACUGAGAUUUUUUUUUCUUACUCAACAGAAUAUACAGUGAAAUGAGCAAAGUGGUUUCGUUUCUUUGGACGAUGCUACUUUCAAACACAGUAGAAAUUAACUACAAGAAGAAAAAAAGCAACACCCGUUGAGCAUUAAUAUAUACUACCUACCUUCUAAAUGUAUUAGUUGUGACUGUAGAAGAACUAAUCGAAGAUGAACAGUUUAUUAAGGAAGAUAUCAACAGCUAGAAAGAAUGGAAAAUCAAUUUUAAAUUGGAUGCCAAAAUAGCGUUCUACUACUACUAAACAGUACUGUAUUAGUAAUGAUGAAUGAACAAAUAAAUACUGACUAAAACACUAAAAUAA